ACAUGGUUCUGGACCAGCACGAGUUGUCGGGCCCUGUAGGUCAGGAUGCCAGGAAGAGGAUCCGCGAGGCCCUGCUCAAACAGCACCACCACCAAAACCACAAGAAACUGGCCAACCGCAUACCUAUCGUACGCUCCUUCGCUGAUAUUGGCAAGAAGCAGUCUGAGCCUCAUUCCAUGGACAAGAAUGGCCAAACGGUCUCACCUCAGUCCCAGCCGGCUAACAAUGAGGGCAAACAGGACGUCAGCCGAGAAAACAGCGCGGUCGACUUCAGCAAGAUUGACCUCCACUUCAUGAAGAAGAUCCCUCCUGGCGCUGAGGCGUCUAACGUCCUGGUAGGGGAGCUGGAAUUCCUAGACCGCCCCGUGGUGGCCUUCGUCCGCCUGUCUCCUGCUGUGCUGCUCAACGGCCUGGCUGAGGUUCCCAUCACCACCAGGUUUCUUUUCAUCCUGCUUGGCCCUCUGGGAAAAGGUCCACAGUAUCAUGAAAUUGGCCGGUCUAUUGCUACCCUGAUGACUGAUGAGAUUUUCCAUGACGUCGCUUACAAGGCCAAAGACAGGAAUGACCUGGUGGCGGGCAUCGAUGAGUUUCUGGACCAGGUGACAGUGUUACCCCCCGGAGAGUGGGACCCCUCCAUCAGAAUAGAGCCUCCCAAAAACGUGCCGUCUCAGGAAAAGCGGAAGAUUCCCCCCGUUCCCAACGGAGUGACAGAUCUCGGAGAGUCAGAGGAACACGGAGGGCACGGCGGCCCUGAGCUGCAGCGCACCGGGAGGUUAUUCGGCGGCUUCUUCAUGGACAUCAAGCGGAAGGCUCCUCACUACAUUUCCGACUUCACAGACGCCAUCAGCUUGCAGUGUCUGGCCUCGUUCCUCUUCCUCUACUGCGCCUGCAUGUCGCCGGUCAUCACCUUCGGAGGACUCCUGGGUGAGGCUACAGAGGGACGUGUGAGUGCUAUUGAGUCCCUGUUUGGGGCUUCCAUGACUGGAAUAGCCUACUCUAUUUUUGCCGGUCAGCCGCUCACCAUCCUGGGCAGCACUGGACCAGUUCUGGUCUUUGAGAAAAUCCUCUUCAAAUUCUGCAAGGAGUAUGGCCUCUCCUACCUCUCCCUGAGGGCCUGUAUCGGCCUGUGGACGGCCUUCUUGUGUCUACUGCUGGUGGCCACGGACGCCAGCUCGCUUGUCUGUUACAUCACACGCUUCACCGAGGAAGCUUUUGCUGCGCUGAUCUGCAUCAUCUUCAUCUAUGAGGCCCUGGAGAAGCUGCUCCACCUGGGGGUGCACUACCCCAUCAAUAAAAACAACAACCUUCAGACACUCACACAGUACUCGUGUGCAUGUGUAGAGCCCAUGAACCCCAGCAAUGAGACCUUGCGAUACUGGGAUGAGAAGAACAUCACGGCCUCCCAGGUCAACUGGACCAUGCUGGAGGUCAAGGAGUGCGAGAUGUUUCACGGAGAGUUCGAAGGCAGCGCCUGCGGCCCCCACGGCCCCUACGUCCCCGACGUCCUCUUCUGGUGCGUGGUGCUCUUCUUCUCCACCGUCUUCAUGUCCGCCUUCCUCAAGGAGUUCAAGACAAGCCGCUACUUCCCCACCAAGGUGCGAGGCAUCAUCAGUGACUUCGCCGUCUUCAUCACCAUCCUAACUAUGGUUCUCGUAGACUACGCCUUGGGGAUCCCUUCACCUAAAUUGCAGGUCCCCAGCAAGUUCAAACCGACCAGGGACGACCGCGGCUGGCUCAUAAACCCCGUGGGGCCCAACCCCUGGUGGACCUGCAUCAUCACCUUCCUCCCUGCUCUGCUCUGCACCAUCCUCAUCUUCAUGGACCAGCAGAUCACGGCCGUCAUUAUCAACAGGAAGGAGCACAAACUAAAGAAAGGCUGCGGCUACCAUCUGGACCUGUUUGUGGUGGGGGUGAUGCUGGGCGUGUGCUCGGUGAUGGGCCUGCCGUGGUUCGUGGCGGCCACGGUGCUCUCCAUCUCCCACGUGAACAGCCUGAAGCUGGAGUCGGAGUGCUCGGCCCCCGGUGAGCAGCCCAAGUUCCUGGGCAUCCGAGAGCAGCGCUUCACAGGCCUCAUGAUCUUCACCCUGAUGGGCUGCUCCGUCUUCAUGACAUCCGUGCUAAAGUUUAUACCCAUGCCGGUGCUGUACGGAGUCUUUCUGUACAUGGGGGCUUCCUCACUCAGAGGCAUCCAGUUCUUUGACCGUCUGAGGCUGUACUGCAUGCCGGCCAAACACCAGCCGGACUUCAUCUACCUUCGUCACGUCCCGCUGAGGAAGGUGCACCUCUUCACCAUCAUCCAGCUCAGCUGCUUGAUCCUGCUCUGGGUCAUCAAGACCUCCAAGGCCGCCAUCGUCUUCCCCAUGAUGGUCUUGGCCCUGGUGUUCAUUCGUAAGCUGCUGGACUUCAUCUUCACCAAGAGGGAACUGAGUUGGCUGGACGACCUGAUGCCAGAGUGGAAGAAGAAGAAACUGGAGGAUGCAGAAGAAGAGGAGGAGCACAGUAUUAUUGCAGAGGAGGAAGGCAUUGUACAAGUGCCACUGGAGGGACACUACAAGUGUGACCCAGCCACAGUGAACAUCACUGAUGAGAUGUCAAAGGGAUCUUUCGGAGGUGUGUGGAAGAAUGUCAACCCCGUUGAGACCACGAAGAAGGAACCAAGCGCUAAAAGUUGUGGCGGCGAAAAGCGACACAAGCGGCGGAGGCAUGACAAGAGCUUGGACAGGGAGACAAGUUUGUGA